CGUAACUUCUCAGUGAAAACACCAAACGGCACAUCUAUCUCUUCUCUCUGCCCAUCUGCCCAUCAAGGAAUCUAAGGCCCUUGACUUUUUCCUGGGGACAUCCCUCCAGGAUGAGGUUUUGAAGCUUAUGCCUAUGUAGAAGCAGACAGUGCUGGCCAGCGAACCAGGUUCAAGGUACUUGUCGCCAUUGGGGAUGACAAUGAACCUGUUGGUUUGGGUGUCAAUUGCUCUAAGGAGGUAGCCACUGCCAUCUGUGGAGCCAUCGUUAUGGCCAAGCUCUCCAUUGUCCCCAUGCAGCAAGGCUCCUGGGGGAACAAGACUGGCAAGCCCCAUACCGUCCCUCACAAGGUGACUGGCAGCUAUGGCUCCUGGCUGGUGCGCCUCAUCCCUGCCCCCUGGGGCAGUGGCAUGGUCUCAGCCCCUGUGCCCAAGAAGCUACUGAUGAUGGUGGGAACUGAUGACUGCUAUACCUCUGCCAGGGGCUGCACUGCCACCCUGGGCAACUUCUCCAAGGCCACCUUUGCCACCAUGUCCAAGACUUCCAGUCACCUCCCUCUUGGUCUCUGGAAAGAGGCAGUGUUUACCAAGUGUCCUUAUCAGGAAUUCACUGCCCAUCCUGAAAAGACCCACACCAGAGUUUCCGUGCAGAGGACCUAGGCUUCAGUUGCAGCCACCGCAUACUUUUAUAUGAGAAAAAUAA